UAAAAAGAUAUUCAGUAUCAAUGGUCAUGAAAGAAAUUCAAAUCAAAACCAGGAGAUACUUCAAACUGAGUAGACUAUAUAAUAACAAGUGUCUGAGAGGAUAAAGAGAAAGCAAAAUCCUCACAAAAUGUUGAUGAAAGACACAAUAUUGGGCCGCCUGGCUGGCUCAUUGAGUAGAACAUGUGACUCUUGAUCUCACGGUUAUAAAUUCAAGCCCCACAUUGGGUACAGAGAUUACUUAAAAAUAGCCCCUCAUCCGGUCCGUCCCAUCACAUCCUGUCUUGUCCCGUCCCCUUGGGUGCCAGUGCCGAUGCGCACUGGUGGCAGCAGGGCUUUUUUCUGACUCCUGGUCCCUUCCCUGGCUGCCCUUCCUGACCUGUCGCAGGGCUGGCCACUUCUCUGGCCCCAGGAUGCAGAAUGUGAUUAACACAGUGAAGGGAAAGGCACUGGAAGUAGCUGAGUACCUGACCCCAGUCUUCAAGGAAUCAAAGUUUAAGGAAACAGGUGUUAUCACCUCAGAAGAGUUUGUAGCGGAUGGAGAUCACUUAGUCCACCACUAUCCAACAUGGCAAUGGGCUACAGGGGAAGAAUUGAAAGUGAAGGCAUACCUACCAACAGGCAAACAAUUGUUGGUUACCAAAAAUGUGCGAUGCUACAACCAGUGCAAACAGAUGGAAUAUUCAGAUGAAUUGGAAGCUAUCACUGAAGAUGAAUAUGGUGAUGGGGGAUGGGUAGAUACUUAUCAUAACACAGGUAUUGCAGGAAUAACAGCAGUUAAGGAGAUUACAUUGGAAAGCAAGGACAGUAUAAAACUUCAAGACUGCGCAGCAAUAUGUGAGGAGGAGGAAGAAGAUGAUGAAGGAGAACCUGCAGAUCUGGAAGAACAUGAAGAAAGUGGAUUGCUGGAAACAGAUGAGGCUACCCUAAACACAAGAGAAACAGGAGAAGCUUGUAAAACUAAAACUGAUGCUGGAAGUGAAGAUGCUAUUUUGCAAACAAGAACUUAUGACCUUUAUAUCACCUAUGAUAAAUACUACCAGACACCACAAUUAUGGUUGUUCAGCUAUGAUGAGCAAAGGCAGCCUUUAACAGUUGAACACAUGUAUGAAGACAUCAGUCAAGAUAUGUGA